AUGGAGGCAACGGCGCUGAGUGUGGGCAAAUCUGUGCUCAAUGGAGCGAUCGGCUACGCAAAAUCCACCUUUGCCGAGGAGGUGGCCUUGCAGCUCGGUAUUCAGAAAGACCAUGCUUUCGUCACGGAUGAGCUUGAGAUGAUGAGGUCUUUCAUGAUGGAGGCGCAUGAGGAGCGAGACAACAACAAGGUGGUCAAGACCUGGGUGAAACAGGUUCGUGACGCUGCUUACGACGUCGAGGACAGCCUCCAAGAUUUUGCUGUUCGUCUCAAGAGGCCAUCCUGGUGGCGAUUCCCUCGCACCCUGCUCGAGCGGCGCCGUAUAGCCAAGCAGAUGAAGGAACUCAGGGCCAAGGUCGAGGAUGUGAGCCAGAGGAAUGUGCGCUACCAUCUCAUCAAGGGAUCGGGCUCCAAGGCAGCCACCACCUCCGCUGAGCAAUCUGGCCUUACUGCAGCAGCAAUGUUCGGCAUUGACGAUGCAAGGCGUGCCGCGAAGCAGGACAAUCAGAGAGUGGAUCUAGUGCAACUAAUCAACAAGGAGGAUGAGGACCUUAGAGUGAUCGCGGUCUGGGGGACAAGUGGUGAUAUGGGCCAAACAACUAUAAUCAGGGAGGCUUACGACAACCCUGAUGUCCAAAUCAAAUUCCCAUGCCGAGCAUGGGUAAGGGUGAUGCAUCCUUUCAGUCCAAAAGACUUUGUCCAGAGCUUGGUGAAUCAGCUUCAUGCAACCCAAGGUGUUGAAGCUCUGUUGGGGAAAGAGAAGACAGAACAAGAUUUAGCAAAGGAAUUCAAUGGAUAUGUGAAUGAUACCAGGUGUCUAAUUGUGCUUAAUGACCUAUCCACCAUUGAAGAGUGGGAUCAGAUUAAGAAAUGCUUCCCAAACAACAAGAAAGGAAGCCGAAUCAUUGUGUCAAGCACACAAGUUGAAGUUGCAAGCUUAUGUGCAGGGCAAGAAAGCCAAGCUUCAGAGCUAAAGCAACUGUCUGCUGAUCAGACACUUUACGUAUUCUACGAUAAGGGUUCCCCAAAUGGAGAGGAUUUGGUGAAGCUAGAGUCUAUCUUGGAUGUGGCAACCACAAGUAUAGACGAUCAUAUAGCGCCCCAAGGUGAGAUUGUAGAUGAUCAAUCUAUGGAUGCUGAUGAGAAGAAGGUGGCUAGAAAGAGUCUUACUCGCAUUAGGACACGUGGGGGUGCUUUGGAGGAAUUGCAACUUAUUGGGCGAAAGAAAGAAACAUCUAAAAUUAUAGACUUAAUUUCAAAUAAUGAUAAUAGCCAACAGGUUCAGGUGAUCUCUUUGUGGGGAAUGGGUGGCCUUGGAAAAACCACCCUAGUUCGUGGUGUUUAUCAAAGCCCGAAGCUGAGUGGCAAGUUUGAGAAGUAUGUUUUCAUCACAAUUAUGCGCCCUUUCAAUCUUGAAGAGUUCCUUAGGAGCUUGGCUGGGCAACUACAUGAAGGAUCUUCUAAGAAGGAAGAAUUAUUAGAUAACAGAAUCAGCAAUAAGAAAUCAUUAGCAUCGAUGCAAGUCGACAAGUUGACUGAGGAGUUGAAAAGGCUACUAGAGAAGAAAAGUUCUUUGAUUGUUCUAGAUGAUUUCUUUGAGACCUCAGAAUGGGACUUGAUAAAACCAAGGUUAUUACCUGUAUUGGAAAAGACAAGCCGAAUCAUUGUGACUACAAGGGAAGAGCAUAUUGCCAACCAUUGCUCAGGAAAACAUGGAGUUGUGCACAACCUUCAAGUUCUUCAGCCAGAUGAUGCACUUUGCCUCUUGACUGAAAAGGUAUUUGAUGACGCUACAUAUUUGGAUGAGAAAGAUAAUCCAAAUUUGGUUAAAGAAGCAAAACAAAUCCUAAAGAAGUGUGGUGGACUUCCCCUUGCUAUAGUUGUAAUAGGUGGCUUCUUGUCAAACCGACCAAAGACUGCAGAAGAGUGGCGGCAACUGAAUGAGAAUAUCAACGCGGAAUUAGAGAUGAAUCCAAAGCUUGGAAUGAUAAGAACAGUCCUUGAAAAGAGCUAUGAUGGUUUACCCUACCAUCUCAAGUCUUGUUUUUUAUAUCUGUCCAUUUUUCCUGAAGACGAGAACAUUAGUCGAAGGCGUCUGGUGCGUCGGUGGGCAGCGGAAGGUUACUCAACUGAGACGCAUGGGAAGUCGGCCGUUGAAAUAGCUGAUGGCUACUUCAUGGAACUCAAGAAUAGAAGCAUGAUUCUACCAUCUCAGCAAUCAGUUCACAGCAGGAAAUCAAUUGACUCUUACAAAGUCCAUGAUCUCAUCCGUGACAUUGCCAUCUCAAAGUCAAUGGAGGAAAACCUUGUCUUCACACUGGAGGAAGGCUGCAGCAUGAAUAUCCAUGGCCCAAUACGCCAUCUUGCUAUAAGCAGCAACUGGAAGGGAGAUAAGAGUGAAUUCGAGGGCAUAGUGGACAUGUCCCGAAUACGAUCGCUAUCACUGUUUGGAGAGUGGAAGCCAUUUUUCAUUUCUGACAAAAUGAGGUUUCUACGAGUGCUCGACUUGGAAGGGACUCAUUAUGAUCUAAAAUAUCAUCACCUUGAUCAGAUUUGCAAGCUUAUUCACCUAAAAUACCUUUCUCUACGUGGAUACUAUGGUAUUGAUCUACUGCCAGAUUCAUUGGGCAACCUAAGGCAACUCCAAACGCUAGACAUCAGACGUACACGUGUAACGGCUCUGCCAAAAACCGUCAUCAAACUUCGGAAGCUACAGUACAUCCAUGCUGGAAGAAAAUCAGAUUACGUAAGAGGGGAAAAUGUUAGUUUAAUGCGGUGGUGUCUUCUGGGGGCGUCUCACUGUGCGACAUGUUGCUUACCUAUUCUUUUGAACAUUGAUGGCCCCAGCUGUAAGGCCCUUACCAGACGUGAUGCAUGCACUUUUGCUUGCUGCGUGGCAUUCCCUCUAGACGUGACGGGAGCAGAUGGAGGAAGAGGUGCUAUGGUGCCAAGGGGUAUCAGAAAACUUAAAGACUUGCACACACUACGAGAAGUGAAUGUCGGAAGGGGAAAUAACGUUCUACGGGACAUCGGAAUGCUCACAGGGUUGCGCAAGCUAGGAGUGAGCGGCAUCAACAAGAAGAAUGGCCGCGCGUUUUGCUCGGCCAUUUCCAAUCUCAGCAGGCUGGAAUCGCUGUCGGUGAGUUCAGCUGAAAAGACAGGUUUGUGUGGUUGCUUGGAUGAGAUAUCCUCACCUCCGGAAAACCUGCAGAGCCUCAAGCUGUACGGCAAUCUGAAAAAGUUACCGGUAUGGAUCAAGGAGCUCCAGCAUCUGGUGAAGUUGAAACUAGUGCGCACUAGGCUUUUGGAGCAUGAUGCUACUAUGGAAUUGCUUGGGAAACUACCGAAGCUAGAAAUUUUAGUUCUGCCGAAGUUGUGGUCAUCGUUUGAGUGUGAAGAACUUGAUUUCAAAUCUCCGCAGGGCGGAAUAGCAUUCGGAAGCCUCAGGGUGUUUACCCUUAGAGUGACAGCGAACAUCAAAUCAAUCAAAUUUGACGAAAGAGCAAUGCCCAAACUGGAGCGGCUGCAGGUCACAUGGGUAACAAGCUGCAAUGAAAUUGAUUUUUCUGGGCUAGCAUUUCUCCCAAGCAUCAACGAGGUCCUGGUCAGAGUUUACUUUCUUUUGGAUUACGACAGGAAAAAAGCCGCUCCUGAUCCUGAGACUCGAUACAAGAUAUUGGAAGAAGAAAGGCGCAAGAUAGGUGGUGAGCUCAAGAAGAAAAUCCAGGAACAGCUAGCUCAGAAUACAAACGAACCCAUUGUACAGGUUCAGAUCACCCGUCAGAUGCUGAAGAAGAUAAGCAGGCUGCCUGGGAGCAACUGCCAGAUGAAGCAGGCGGUAGCGUCAGGGUUCGGGAUUUCAGGGGUUUCUACGCUCUCUGCGCUUAGAAUGGGCUGCCGGGCAGAGGUUGCUAGAGAGGUAGUGGUCAUGGUCGAGACUACGGCGGAGGACGAGGGCGCUGCCCACAGGGCAGUGGGAGAGGGUGGCUGGGUAGUGCCGGCGGCGAGGGUGUCCACUGAAGAAGAAGAAGAAGAAGAAGAAGAAGAAGAAGAAGAAGAAGAAGAAGAAGAAGAAGAAGAAGAGGAGGAGGAGGAGGAGGAGAAGCUUGGGAUUAGCAUGACGGUGGUGGAUGGCAGAGGCGGUGGCGCGCUGCUAGAGCCUGGCAAGCGGUGGAGGCGGGGUGCUCGCACCGGAUCUAGAGUAGAAGCUCAUGUUAGGGUUGUCCAUGGUCGAGGGCGGCGGUGGAGGUGA